AAUUUUGGUUCUAUUGAUAAGGAUUGUGGAUUCCACUCUUUCUCUCUCUUCUCUCUCUCUUCUUUAAUCUCUCGAUCAGGUGGAGGGAGAAGAAGAAAUAGAGUUUUGGAUCUUCUUCUUCAUCGGUGAAGUAGUUCAUCGCAAUUGCAAUGUCGGCCAUCACAUUUUCAUUGUCUGCAGGCCCUGAUAUAGCUUCUCGUCGUUUUCUUCAUUCUUCUUCUUCUUUUCAAUUUAACCAAGCUACUACUACUACUGCUGCUGCUGCUAAUCGGAUUCAAAUUCCACAUCUUCUUCUUCGGACAACCAGGAUGUUAACAACACUUGCAUCAGCAUCAGCAGACAACAAAUCUAAAUGGAGAGCUCAAGCAUCUUCUCCAUCGUCCACCUCUUCCACGGUUAUCGAGAAGGAAACCAUGGUCAACGAAAGGCCGGAUACGUUUCUCCGGGAAUCAGACGGUCGUCCACUCUCCGACGCGGAUCCCGGUUCUAGCGUUAGGGCUCGGUUUGAGAAAAUGAUAAGGGAGACGCAGGAUAGUGUUUGCGCUGCCAUUGAGGCUCUUGACGGAACCGGCAAGUUCAAGGAGGACGUAUGGUCGAGGCCUGGAGGUGGAGGCGGUAUCAGCCGAGUGUUACAGGAUGGCGCUGUUUUUGAAAAGGCAGGUGUUAAUGUAUCGGUUGUUUACGGAAUUAUGCCUCCUGAUGCUUAUAGAGCUGCCAAGCCUGUCACCGGUGAUUCAUCUGAUCAUCAUAAGCCUGGACCUAUUCCUUUUUUCGCCGCCGGAGUCAGCUCGGUUUUACAUCCAAAGAAUCCAUUUGCCCCAACCAUACAUUUCAACUAUCGGUACUUUGAAACAGAUGCUCCCAAAGAUGCUCCUGGUGCACCUAGACAAUGGUGGUUUGGUGGUGGUACUGAUCUAACACCUGCAUACAUAUUUGAGGAGGACGUUAAACACUUUCACUCGGUCCAAAAGAGCGCAUGUGACAAAUUUGACUCGAGUUUCUACCCCCGAUUCAAGAAAUGGUGCGACGACUACUUUUACAUUAAGCACCGAGGAGAAAGGCGAGGGCUUGGAGGAAUAUUCUUUGACGAUCUGAAUAACUAUGACCAGGAGAUGCUUCUUUCAUUUGCAACAGAAUGUGCAAAUUCUGUAAUUCCAGCAUAUAUACCUAUAGUAGAGAAGAGGAAAGACACAGCUUUCACAGAUCAGCACAAGGAAUGGCAGCAAUUAAGGAGAGGCCGUUAUGUCGAAUUCAAUUUGGUUUAUGAUCGUGGAACUACAUUUGGCCUCAAGACUGGAGGUCGGAUAGAGAGUAUUCUUGUUUCUCUUCCGUUAACUUGCAGAUGGGAAUACGAUCAUCAACCAGAAGAAGGCAGUGAAGAAUGGAAACUUCUAGAUGCCUGCAUCAACCCUAAGGAGUGGCUUUAAAACAUCUUAGAAGAUUCUGUCUAGAUUGUUAACAACAUUUUAGAUGGCAUGUUGUCCAUUUACUUGCUUCUUAUUUUAGUUCAAAAAUUUCCUUUGUGGUUGCAAAGAUUUCUUGUCGGUGUUCAAAUGCAUGCUUGUAUUCUACGGAAUUAUCUGUGGUUUGAGAAAUUUUUAGAAUAUCAGUGUAAUAAAAUCGUUAUAAAUGUA